AUGUGGACCGAUUUAUGGUUCAAGGCACAACCAAUGGGCAUAAACAAAUUGUAUUCCAUAUUGAAAAAUAUGAAAGAGGAAGCUGGGCUAACAGGAACUGAUAAACGUAUAACACCAUACAGUGCACGUAAACACUUAGUACAAAAGUUAAACGAUGGUGGAGUUGCACCAAACCAAAUCAUCCAAAUAUCGGGACACAAAAAUGUCAACUCUUUGAAUAAUUAUAGUUGCCUACCCUGAUCAGAGCAAGCAAAUUUCGCACAUAUUAGCCAACAAGCAUCCGCACACUGUCAGCACUCGUCCAAAAGUACCAUUACCAGCCCCAAACUGCAGAAUCCAAGAACCAAAGCCAAUGUAUGCAAAUCUACCUAUGCCACAAGGUUCUGACAGUUUUUUUUGCUAAUAGUAUUUUCAAUGGCACUGUCAAUAUAACGUUGAGAACAAGUCAGAGCACCAGACUGCGUACACAAACACAGACUGCGUACACAAGUUCAUCUGUAAGGCAAAAUAACGAACCUCCAUGUUUAAGUAAAAAAAUAAGUAAGAGCGCAAAUGUAUUUACAGUAAGGGAGCACUGACUUACAUGUAGUAAACAGUACCAUAGUAAUAAUUAUUAUUAAGUAAAAUAAUACAACUUACUAGUUAUGUCACGGUCCAGGAUGGAUAUUUGCUGACUAAUGUUUAUUAUUUUGAUGUUAAGUUAUUUAAUAUUAUUGUUAUUCACCAUUGUCACUAUUUUGACAUUCACAGCAUUAAUGUAUUUUCUUAGAUUAUAUUAUCUUAUAACCCAACUUGGCCAUGACACAGCUGUAAGCAAAGGCGAUAAUUUCAGUAAACUUUUGCAA